GCUGAUCCCAUAAUUUCUGCCAAUGAAGGCCAGCUAAUUUCUGCCUUAUAAGUUGACCAAGGUCUAUCAAUUCAAUACAUUCACGUUUUAGUACAAUUUCAAACAAUGAUUAUUCUACAGAACUCUCAAGGCUGAUUGUCAAUGCGACACCUGUGUAGUUGAUCAUAUUUCCGAAAUAUUUCGAAAUAGAGAAAUGAGUUCGCUGUUGGUCGAAAAAUUUGUUUUGAUUCGUCGACAGAAAUGUGACCUAGUUUCACGAAAAGUUUGAGGACAAAUUUGGAGUUCUAUGUUAGUGUAGUUUGAAAGUGGUUGGUGAAAGAUUCAGUUGGCUCUCAGCUUUGGACUUGGGACUUCAAGAUCUUGAAGAAGGUACAAUCAGACUGUAACCAUGACAUCUUCACUGAAAAUUGUCAUCCUACUCCUCACCUUCUACAUUCUGCCCAGCCUCUCAGAAGAAACCAAGAAAGCGUCCACCGACAACCAUGUUUCACAGCCGAAGAGCACAGCAGUGAUCGCGUCCAAGACAGACCUAGCCACAUCCAGCCCUAACGACAUUCUGAAGACGUCAUCCUCACCCAUACCCUGCACAUGUGGCGUGUUCAUGUCGGGGCAAUUCACACGGGGGUCACACAGUCAGCCCAAGGGCAACCCUGUACUCAUGCAUGAAUACGAAGAUGUCUUCCCGUGCACUGCCGUCGGAAAUAAACAGUGUAUCAACAAGUGUUUGGAUGUGCUGGCCAAGCAUCUCCACAACAGCCCUGCUAUUAUCUGUGGAGCUAUGGACAGAGAUUGCUACAAGGAAAGGGCCUACCUCUGGAUCCAGAACUGCAACAAGAAUUGGAUAAACUCAAACCUAUCAGCUGGAAGGGAAUACUGCUGCAAGAAUGGAUCACCCUACAAAUGUCCCUUAGCCUAAAUACAGCAUGAAUUUGAUCAGGAUAACGAACUUUCAAUUUAAAUUCAGCACGAAUUGAGCGUUAAAAUGGAUAAAAAUGAUUGAUUUAGUUUUAAGUGGUUUCUAGAUAUGUGUUUUUGAUAAACGAGUUUUUGUACUUAUUUUUGUAUUGUGAGUUUUUGUAGAAAAAUAAAUUCUUGAGAAGAAUUGAA